CAUUCCCGCGCCCCCUCCCCGUAGCCGGCCGCGAUGGCGGAUCCAGCCGAAUGCAGCAUCAAAGUGAUGUGCAGGUUCCGGCCCCUCAACGAAGCGGAGAUCCUCCGCGGAGACAAAUUCAUCCCCAAAUUCAAAGGCGACGAGACCGUGGUGAUCGGGCAAGGGAAGCCGUAUGUCUUUGACAGAGUGCUGCCGCCCAAUACAACCCAAGAACAGGUUUACAAUGCAUGUGCGAAGCAAAUUGUCAAAGAUGUCCUUGAAGGUUAUAAUGGGACAAUUUUUGCAUAUGGACAAACUUCAUCAGGAAAGACCCACACCAUGGAGGGGAAGCUGCAUGAUCCUCAGCUCAUGGGGAUCAUCCCAAGGAUUGCGCAUGAUAUCUUUGACCAUAUUUAUUCCAUGGAUGAGAACUUGGAGUUUCACAUCAAGGUUUCCUAUUUUGAGAUCUAUUUGGACAAAAUAAGGGACUUACUUGAUGUAUCCAAGACCAACUUGGCUGUUCAUGAAGAUAAAAAUAGAGUCCCAUACGUAAAGGGGUGCACAGAGCGGUUUGUGUCAAGCCCGGAGGAGGUCAUGGAUGUUAUAGACGAAGGCAAAGCAAACCGACAUGUGGCUGUAACGAACAUGAAUGAACACAGCUCUAGAAGUCAUAGCAUCUUCCUGAUUAAUAUUAAACAAGAGAAUGUAGAAACUGAAAAAAAACUCAGUGGGAAGCUUUAUUUAGUUGAUUUGGCUGGGAGCGAAAAGGUCAGCAAAACUGGUGCCGAGGGAGCUGUUCUUGAUGAAGCUAAAAACAUCAAUAAGUCUUUGUCUGCUCUUGGAAAUGUGAUCUCUGCCUUGGCAGAAGGGACAAAAACACAUGUGCCGUACCGGGACAGCAAGAUGACUCGGAUCCUCCAGGACUCUCUGGGUGGGAACUGUAGAACCACCAUUGUCAUUUGCUGCUCUCCUUCUGUCUUCAAUGAGGCUGAGACCAAGUCCACGCUAAUGUUCGGACAGAGAGCUAAGACCAUCAAGAAUACAGUCUCUGUGAACCUGGAACUGACAGCAGAAGAAUGGAAGAAGAAAUAUGAAAAAGAGAAAGAGAAAAACAAGACUUUGAAGAAUGUUAUCCAGCAUCUGGAGAUGGAGCUGAACAGGUGGAGGAGCGGAGAAGCUGUGCCUGAAGAUGAACAGAUCAGUGCUAAGGACCAGAAGAAUCUGGAGCCCUGUGAUAAUACACCCAUCAUAGACAACAUUGCUCCUGUUGUCGCUGGCAUUUCUACAGAGGAGAAGGAGAAGUAUGAUGAAGAGAUUUCCAGUCUCUACAGGCAACUGGAUGAUAAGGAUGAUGAAAUUAACCAACAGAGCCAGCUGGCUGAAAAGCUAAAGCAACAGAUGUUGGAUCAGGAUGAGCUUUUAGCUUCCACGAGAAGAGACUAUGAGAAGAUCCAGGAGGAGCUGACCCGUCUCCAGAUUGAAAAUGAAGCUGCCAAAGAUGAGGUGAAAGAAGUUCUCCAGGCCCUGGAGGAGCUGGCUGUCAAUUACGACCAGAAGUCGCAGGAGGUGGAGGAUAAGACCAGGGCCAAUGAGCAGCUGACAGAUGAGCUGGCCCAGAAAACGACUACACUGACAACCACACAGAGAGAGCUGAGCCAGCUACAGGAGCUUAGCAACCACCAGAAAAAGAGAGCUACUGAGAUCUUGAACUUGCUGUUGAAGGAUCUGGGGGAGAUAGGUGGAAUUAUUGGCACCAAUGAUGUGAAGACUUUGGCAGAUGUGAACGGAGUCAUUGAAGAGGAAUUCACCAUGGCCCGCCUGUACAUCAGCAAGAUGAAGUCGGAAGUCAAGUCCCUGGUGAACCGCAGCAAACAGCUUGAGAGUGCCCAGAUGGACUCCAACAGGAAGAUGAAUGCUAGCGAGCGGGAGCUGGCAGCCUGCCAGCUGCUCAUCUCUCAGCAUGAAGCCAAGAUCAAAUCCUUGACAGACUACAUGCAAAACAUGGAACAAAAGCGGAGACAGCUGGAAGAGUCCCAAGACUCCCUUAGCGAAGAGCUGGCCAAGCUCCGGGCCCAAGAAAAAAUGCACGAAGUCAGUUUCCAGGAUAAGGAAAAGGAGCAUCUCACGCGGCUGCAGGACGCAGAGGAGAUGAAGAAGGCACUGGAGCAGCAGAUGGAGAGCCACCGGGAAGCUCACCAGAAGCAGCUGUCCAGGCUUCGAGAUGAAAUUGAGGACAAGCAGAAAAUCAUUGACGAGAUCCGGGAUUUGAAUCAGAAACUGCAACUGGAACAGGAGAAGCUCAGUUCUGAUUAUAACAAGCUGAAAAUAGAGGACCAAGAGAGAGAAAUGAAACUGGAAAAGCUCUUAUUGCUCAAUGAUAAAAGGGAACAAGCCAGAGAGGACCUUAAGGGGCUGGAGGAGACAGUGUCCAGAGAGCUGCAGACUCUUCAUAACCUCCGUAAACUCUUUGUCCAGGACCUGACCACCCGAGUGAAAAAAAGUGUGGAGCUGGACAGUGAUGAUGGAGGGGGCAGUGCCGCCCAGAAGCAGAAGAUUUCCUUCCUGGAGAACAACCUGGAGCAGCUCACCAAGGUGCACAAGCAGCUGGUGCGGGACAAUGCAGACCUGCGCUGUGAGCUGCCCAAGUUGGAGAAGCGGUUGCGAGCCACAGCUGAGCGGGUGAAGGCACUGGAGAGCGCGCUGAAGGAGGCCAAGGAGAACGCCAUGCGCGACCGCAAGCGUUACCAGCAGGAGGUGGAUCGCAUCAAGGAGGCCGUGAGAGCCAAGAACAUGGCCCGGAGGGCGCAUUCAGCCCAGAUCGCCAAGCCUAUUCGCCCAGGACACUACCCAGCCUCAUCUCCAACAGCGGUCCAUUCCAUCCGAGGGGGAGGAGGUGGCUCUUCAAACUCUGCUCACUACCAGAAAUAAAUACAGAAUGACUCCACGGAGCAUGUCAAGGACUACAUUAACCACCAGUUCCUUUAUUUGCUCCCCUCCUACACAAUUUCCAUUUUCUUUUCCAUGUGCUAACCCCAGCCAUCUGCAGUACACCAGUUUCCGGUAUUUUGAGCUGUGUAGAAUUUCUGUAUGUACAGAUUUGUGCUUGGACUUUUCUCUUUCUGAGAAAUUGAAAGGAGAGGUUUACAGAACAUCUACUCACUACUCAGAUCCAUCUCCACUGACUCGGCCUCCAGGGAGCUGGAGGGCCUCCAGACUGUCCCUGGGGCCUCCUGUUUGGCAGUACCUGUCCCAUUGGAGCGCCCCGACAUGCCAUUCCCUGGAGGGAACAACCAAGUGCCGUGAGGCAGGUGACCACACUCUGCCUCAACUGUCUGGUUUCCUGUAUAAUAAACACAUUACUUUAUAUUUUUAGGGAACAAAAAAGUGCUGCUAUAGGGAUCAAAAUUUUCAUUCUGAACACUUUUCCAAAAACAAAUUACCCCGGAGGAGGAUUUUGAAUAUCCCGGUCACAUCUUUGGAUCUGUAAAAUACACCUUUUAGUAUGGCAUCUGUUAAAAUGCAAAGCAGAUUUCUUCAAGGCAGAAAAACAAGCUGACAGUAGCAAUGUAGAAUUUAUUCAUUCAAAUACAUCUGUGUAAAUGCAAAAAGUCAUAAAAUUCACCUCCAAGCUGCUUGCUAUUGAACCUGCAGCAACUAGUCUCUGCCGGCUUGGUCGGUUUGAACAUCAUUCCUUCAGGAGUGCUGAAAAUGCUGCGAAGUUGGAUGAGUGCAGAUGGGGCUGCCCCUCCCUGCUUCUUCCUCCUUGAUCCUUCCAGAGCCUGCACUGGGGAUGGCCUGUUUGUCUGCGGAACCAUCUUAAGCUUCAAGAGGUACUGCUAAAGAAAUCUAGCAUCCUUCCAGCAGCCGAAAAAGAAAGCCCAUGGGGGAAAGUACAAGACAAAAUUUGUGCCUGUCUAUGAAUAGGUUGCCAUUUUAACCCAUCAUUGCAGACUGUUUAUUUGAAUUCUCUUUGUCACCAAAUAGGCUUUAUAUUCUUCUAGACAUAAUUAGAAGAUAUCAGUAUAAAUGGAUUUUUUUACAUUUAGCUAUUAUUAUUCUAAUAUAUGAAUCUAAAGCUGAUUCCCUUAUUCCCAGUUGGGCAUAUUAAAAGGAUUGAUUUCCAAGUACUAAGGUUUUCAGGGAAACUGACAAGGAUCCAAGUAAGUUGAUCUUGUGUGCUGCUACUUGUUUUGACACACUUUGAGGUAAGUCAGUGACAGCAACCCAACCAGUCCUGGUGAAAGCACCCAUCCUGUUAUCAUACAUGCCCAAGAUGUUUGAGCUGGCACUGCCACCUGCAGCUGUCACCGUUGGAAUGAAGUGUAUGCCAGGGGAGACUGGGUUUUCUCAUGGCCAUGUGGGCCAAAGAUAGUUCGUGUGUGUGUGUGUGUGUGUGUGUGUGUGUGUGUGUGUGUGUGUGAGUGUAAAGUGCAAAGUGCUGUGCAUUGACUUUCAAAUUCUUCAUGUAUAAAUUUUCCCUUACAGUAAUGCUGCUUGGAUUUAACUUAUUUGUUAAAUGUUGCACUUUGUCUAUGUGUGUUUUGUUUUGGGGGAGUAUGAAAAGGAUGAAUUUUAUUCAAGUAUUUAAUUCAUAUAGAUGACAAAUUUACAUUCAUUAAUUUUUUUUUCAUCCUGAUUGUGUUACCAUUGUCUGCCCAAUCACUGCUUGGGCACUAACUGCUUGAGCACUUAUUUGCAGUCUGAUAGAAGGGUCCUUGCAGGGCAGGUUUUGCAAGCUUUAUCGGGUAAUAACAUGCCACAGAUUAUAACUUUGUUGGUGAUAUGUUUGCCUCUGACUUUGGAAUCUAAAACAGUCUUUGAGAGAGUUGCUGAUUAAGUGAUUGUCAGUACAUACCACUUACUAUUGUCUAUUAGGCAAUCGAAUUACUUUGUGUGUGUUUGUGAAUUGAACAAAGAUUGGUAGUUUUUUUUAAGAGGAGGGACUUUUGUUAACAGCCAUUAUAAAAUGGAUUAUUUUAGCUUCAUUCCAAAGUCAUUUCUCCGUGGGUACCCCUUUUCUACUUCUGAAGAAUUGGCUGGCCCUUUCAUGUUUUAAAAAGAAACAUUCACUUGUAGUUCCAUAUUACUUGAUCUCUACAAGGGCCUUACAAAAUUCGGUCUACUUUUAUUCACAGAGAAAGUUGGCUUUGAUGUCUUCUAAAGAUAAUUCUGCUAGUUGCUGAUCAGCCAGUCAGUUCACCUAGCUUCAGUCUUUACAGGACCUCUAAUCUAAUUUUCUUACACUGUGACUAAAAGGUAGGCAGAUCAUUAGAAUAGAUUAUAAUUCAUUCAAAUGGAUCCCUAAAUACUACUUUGUGUAAUAAGCUGCUUCUUUUUUUUUUUUUUUUUUUUUUUGGUACCGGGGAUUGAACUCGGGUCCUUGUGCUUGCAAGGCAGGCCACCGAACCGCUGAGCUAAAUCCCCGGCCCAUAAGCUGCUUCUUAUAUCAGGACCACAUAUUCUUUUUUAAAAAUGCUGAAUUUAUGCAAUUUCCAUUUUUUAAACACUUAUUGCCCCGUGUACCAAUGUAAAAUUUACAUUUCUGAGCCCAUGUCUGAUUAAAUUUUUGUUAUAUGUUCCUUUUUGCUAGUUUGUGUGUUUUUCUCCUUUGAAUAAUUUUAUAGUUCAUAUCACUUCUUAAUAGUUUAUUCUUUGAUGCUAUCGGAAUAGCACGAUGGUUAACAAAAAUAACAUCUACCUGCAGGAUGGUAAAUUGCUAAAUUAGAGGAAUGCUGUUUAAGAUGUCAAGAUUUUUGGUUGGGACCAAAAAUAUAUUACAGUAGUGCCAAAUACAUUUUGGUCAAUUACUAGAGAAUUCUAUAUACACAUAUCAUCUGUUAAAUGCUGUACACUUUGCUUUUGUUGAAUGGCAGGUGGUAGACAGAACAAUAAGGGUGGUUUUGACUUUUAAAGGAAACAAUGAUAUGAUUAAGAAGAUGAGAAUUUAUGAAAAUAUUAGAAUAAAUGAGGAAAUAAAAAUGAUUGUCUAGAAUGUAGUGUCUAGUGGUUUUCUGAAGUCCUCAAGUUCACAUACAGAACUAAUUUUUCACCAGGACUCAGUAGAUUCAGUUCCACUUUCCUGUAGAAAUAACCAAAAGCAAAUGAAAGCUUUCAACAGUGCCCCCUUUUGAAGCGUACAUUUGAAUAAGUCAGGAGUCAUUUGGACACUAGGGAGAAUAUAUAUUAGGAAUGUUUUUCAUUUGCAGAGGGUAGAGAGAUUUCACUUCAUUGUAUUAUCCUAAUUAUAGUGAGCAAACUAAAGGAACCAUAUUUCUAAUACUGUUUAUUUUAACAUUGACAAUUUAGACUCUUUUUU